CUUCGUUCUCCGUAUGUGCCAAGACAUUAAAAAUAGAGAGAGAGAAACGCCCCUUGAAACCUUUCGUCACACGCAUGUGCAAAAGGCUCCUUUCCUUGAAUGUUUUGACAAUUCCCAUUCAAAGUACCCAUGCUGGACAACACAGGCGUUCUGGUGGUUCCCGGGUACGCUGUAUUCUGGCAGUCCCACUCCCGGCAGAAUGAAUACGAAAGUGGCGUCUGGUCUGCGUGAUGGAAAUCCCCCUGUUCGCAUCAGUGUCCAGUGGACUAAGAAAACAAAACCCGUGAAAGUGAAAAGUCAGAAGCUCCUUACCGCAGGUAAUGCUCGGCAAGGGGUCCUGUACGUCAUCACAGUGAACCGUACCCCAUCACAACUCCGAAACUAUCUGUAGGAAUGAUCCAACGGUGUUUCUGUACACACAUAUCGGCCGUCUGUUUGAAAGCAGGAUGAGCAGAGGUAGUAGAGAUACUCCCAUCCACCGGUAGUUUUGAGAGCGGGAGCAAUGCAAUGCCACAAACCGUCCUUUGCAUCGUUGAGUUUCAGAAAUGACAAGAAAACAGUGAGAUGGCCAAAAAUGCAGUAAAAGUGUACAGCGCGGUAUUUUGGGAGAGCGAAGGCUCGUUUGUUCGUUGGCAGGCCGAAUCAAGGAAGUUACUCGCUAGCAGAACGGUGUUGACAAGGGUAAACCGAUCACGUAUCAGAGCGCCUACUUUUCUUCUGUGUGCCACAUUUCCCAGUCCUGGAUUUCUGUGGGGGAACUUCCAGCCACGUAACGUGAUUAGCUUCUCAUUUGCCCCCUACGUCAAGGACGGACAUCGAGAAACUUCUGCGCCCCUAUUCCUAGAGAAGGUUCUAACGCUGCAGACGGAGUAAAUAUGCGUACGGCUAUUCACCCCUUUCAGAUACCACAGCAGCAAGAAAGGACAUACUUCUCGGUUCCC